AUGUUUUCAGAAUAAAAUCAUGAUGAAAGACAAAAAAUAAAGAAAAACUAUUUAGGGAUAGGUCUUAUAAUUUUUGUUUAAAUCUUGAUAAUAUGGGGUCUUUAUACUACUUUCAUUUAUAAUAAUUUAAGAGAAUUACAGAAUAAUUUAAGAAAUUUAGCAAUAUUAUUUUGGAUAAUAUCAGAGAUUUGUUAUAUUAGAACUUAAUUUUCAGACCCAGGGGAAGUAUAAUAAAAAAUAGUACCACUAAAAUUACUUCAUGCUUUGAAGGAUUUGUAAUUGUUAUAAUUUUAUCAAAAUGUUUGUGAUAAAUGCAAUUCUUGGAAGCCUCCUAGAGCACAUCAUUGUAAAAGAUGUAAUAAGUGUAUUUAUAAAAUGGAUCAUCAUUGUGAAUGGACCAAUAAUUGUAUAGGAGCUUUGAAUUAAAAAUACUUUGUACUAUUUCUGCUUUAUGUAUUUUGUUACAUUCUAGCAAUUUUUAUUAUUCAUAUAAUAGGUAUUUAUGAUUACUAUGUAACAAAUUAAUAACACAUGUGGAAUUCAUUAACAAACUAAAAUUUUGGAAUUUUUUAAGUCUUACUUAUCAUAAUAUUUUGUACUUUCUUCUUGUUUUUUGUAAUUUCAAUGCUUUGGGAUUAAAUUUAAGUAAUUAGAGAUAAUUAAACAGUAAUUGAAUCUUUAUAGGGCAAAUUUGGUAGAUAAUAAUCUUUUUUUGAAAAUAUGAAACAAUUCAUGGGAGAUGAAAAAUGGUAUUAUUAAUUAAUACCAACAACUCCAAUAUUGAAAUUGAAUUAUGCAGAAAUAGUAUAUGGAGAAUCAUUAGUAAAUAUGGGAACAUCAUAUUUAGAAGAUAUUAUUUAUGAUGAAAAGAAUCCAAAGAGUGUCUACUUUGCUGAAUUUAUGAUUGAUAAUUAUAAAAAGAAGGUCUCUUGA